AUGGCUAAAACAGAUUCAGAAAUAUCUGUUAAAUUUCCAACUAUUCAACAAUGUGAAUCAAAGGGUCGAGAAGACCAAACAGUAUUAUCUGACAUGGAUGGAACUUUACUAGUUGGACGUAGCUCUUUCCCUUAUUUUGCACUUGUUGCUUUUGAAGUUGGUGGCAUUUCUAGGCUUCUCUUUUUGGUCUUAGCAUCUCCUUUAGCUGGCUUUUUGUACUAUAUUGUGUCCGAAUCCUUGGGCAUUCGUGUCCUAGUCUUUGCAACAUUUGUUGGUAUGAAAAUGCCCGAUAUAGAAUACGUGGCACGUGCUGUCCUGCCAAAGUUCUAUUCGAGCGAUUUGCACCCUGACACAUGGCGUGUUUUAUCGUCAUGUGGGAAGAGGUGUGUCAUUACCGCGAAUCCUAGGAUUAUGGUCGAAGUAUAUUUGAAGGAAUAUUUAGGUGUUGAUAUGGUUAUUGGGACAGAGAUAUGUACGUACAAAGGAAGAGCAACUGGAUUUGUGAAUGAGGACGGAGUUCUUGUUGGUGACAACAAGGCUAAGGCUCUUCAAAAGGCAUUUGAUUCUACAUUUACCCCUCAUAUUGGAAUUGGUGAUCGCAAGUCUGAUUUUCCCUUCAUGAAUUUAUGCAAGGAAAGUUACAUAGUACGACCAGAGCCUAGUGUGAAGCCCAUGAGCCAAGACAAGUUACCAAAGCGAAUAGUUUUCCAUGAUGGUCGACUUGUUCAAAAACCAGGCCCUUUGAUGGCACUCAUGAUUAUUCUUUGGAUCCCUGUUGGUUUCCUCUUGGCAUGCUUGCGUAUAGCCGUGGGUUCACUCCUACCGAUGCCUUUAGUCUAUUACGCCUUUUGGGCCCUUGGGGUUCGGAUUAAAGUUAAAGGCAACCCACCUCCUCCGGCCCAAAAAUCCACGGGCCAAACCAGUGUCCUAUUCAUUUGCUCCCACAGGACUCUUCUUGACCCAAUUUUUCUGUCAACGGCCCUUGGUAGGCCCAUUCCUGCAGUCACUUACUCAUUGUCACGACUAUCUGAGAUCAUUUCACCUAUUAAAACGGUUCGUCUUAGCCGUGACCGCGCAACGGAUGCUAACAUGAUCAAAAAACUCUUGGAAGAAGGGGAUUUAGUUAUAUCAUGUACAGAGCCAUUUUUACUAAGGUUUUCGGCCUUAUUCGCGGAACUAACCAACGAGCUAGUCCCCGUGGCUAUGUCUAAUAAAAUGAGCAUGUUCCAUGGCACGACGGCGAGGGGUUGGAAAGGAAUGGACCCUUUUUAUUUCUUCAUGAAUCCUAGCCCUGCAUAUGAAGUGAAUUUUUUGAACAUGCCCUAUGACUUGACAUGUAAAGCUGGAAAAUCAAGCCAUGAUGUAGCCAACUAUAUACAGAGGACGAUCGCCGCGACAUUAUCGUAUGAGUGCACCUAUUUUACUAGGAAGGAUAAGUACAAGGCUUUGCCUGGAAAUGAUGGAACAGUUCCUACAAAAUCUGGAAUUGCAAGUAACAAAGUGAUGGACUGCUAAUAACAGAGAGAGACUUGUCAUUUGUGUUUUUCCAAAUUAUAUAGACAUAAACCGUUAGCACUUUAAUAGAAAAUCGAAAUAAACUAUAUAGUAUAAUGGUUGUCUUUAUAUAAGGGCAGAUAAAGUACUUCAUGAAAAUAUAUACAAAUUACCUCAUAAAUAUCCAAACUGUUUAAAUAGAUGUGCAUAACUAACAUCCGAUAUUUUUCGUCAUAUUACAAGAAAUGAUUGGUAAGAUCCAUCUUUUAAGUUCAUGAAUCUAUCGUUAUGUUGAUGAGUUGAAAAAAACUCCUUAAAUCAGUAUUGGGUAAGCCAACGAAAUCCCACAUUAAUAGUUGAAAAGAAAAAGAAGUUA